AGAAUCAUAAAAUCCUCACCAAGUCUCCUAUAUAAACAUCUCCACUCCUCAACGAUUCAUCUACUAACUAAAAACGUUCCAAAGGGACAAAGAUCACAAACAAAUGUCUUUUGGAUCGGUCCCUAUCGUGGCCGCGGUGGCCAUACAACUCCUCCUUAUACCCAGCGUUGUUUCGUCUCUUAACAUUACCAAUUUGUAUCUCCACCAUGCAUGCAACAACACCCAAGGGAAAUACAAGCCGGGGAGUUUGUUCGAGAAAAAUCUCAACACUGUCAUCAAAAACAUAUCCACGUUUGAUCUGCGCAACGGUUACGCCCUCGACUCUAAUAUGAAGAGUCCCUAUUUUGAUAUACCUCCCAAUACUGUUUUCGUCACGCUCCAAUGCCGUGGUGACUCCUACGGGCCCAAGUGUCACUCUUGCCUUGCCGAAGCCCUCUCUGGGCUUCGCAAGAAAUGUCCUGGACACAAAGGAGCAACAAUAUGGUAUGACCAAUGUCUUUUGGAUAUUUCUACACUCAAUUCCAUUAGAAUGGCCCUACCGAACAGAGUCCACUACGAUAAUUAUUUGUGUAUAAGCAAUCCAAAAUCCGUGAGCGGCGAUAAGAAGAUCUUCGAAAAGAAGAAGAUGGAUUUCACCGAUAAGCUAUUGUCUGUAAUCAACAAGACGACUGACAGCGACCUCAGGGGGCCACUGUACGCAACGGGGGAGAUGAUGAUUGGGAAAAAGAAGUUUUAUGGAAUGUUGCAAUGUACGAACGAGUUAUUUGCGAGUUCUUGCUAUGUGUGUCUAGAGUGGCUUGUCUUGGGGCAUCCAUUCUGCUUCGAUGAAGGACAAGGAGCUAGACUAAUGUGUAGAAGCUGUGUUGCAAGGUUUGAGUUUUACCCUUUUCUUAGAACUUAAGUCUGUUUGAUGGGAGCUCUUAAUUUGCUUUAUGUUUGAAUAAGUGCUAUAUCAAGGAAUAAAAAUUGUCAACCUCUUUGUGGUUUAUUUUAUGUAACACAACAUUGUCAUUAUGUAUGGAGAGCGUCUAACUUCUUUUUUUCUGUUUCGUACUCCAUUAUUAAAUUGCAGUUUUCUUUGGAAAAACAUAUAUAACUUUAUUUUAUAUAGAACUAGAAUUAAACUCACCCGAGCAAUAUCUAAAAUAUCUAAAAUUAUAUUAUAUAUAUGUUUUAAAAUAUUUUGUUUACUUUCAGUCGAAAGUAAUAUUAUGUUCACUGUUUGUUUUGGUUAUUUUUGUUAAAAAUCCAAAGCUUGUCUAAUUAAUAACUAUUUUUAUUUUUAAUUAUAUAAUUAUUUUACAUUUAUCAAUGUUUGUUUUACUUUUAUAACAAUAAUAAAAGAAAUAAAGCUACUCGAAAUUGCCGUUAAGAUUCAAUAUAUACUUGUACUAGUAGAUUUCAUGGUUCCCCUAGCCAACUUCUCAAGCAAGAGAAAUUAUCAUAAUUUUCUUAUGGAAUAUUUUUAAAUUUUGUACAAAGUUUUUUGAAAAUCUUUUGUCAAUAAUUUUCUUUCCUCGAGGUAAAUCUUUGCUUUCUUAACCUCGCUUUUAAGUUUAGUUUUAGGUCGACUUCCAACUCCAGUCUCUAAAUCAGCUACUACCUCGCUUUUUGUAACACUUCUUAAACUAUAUUCUCUCCGUUUCUGAAUAAGUGUCACUUUGACAUUUUUCACACAGAUUAAGAAAGUAACUGAAAUAUAUAUAAGUUGUUAUUAAUUACACAUUUCUGACCAAUAGUAUUUGAGAUAAAUAAAAUUAUUUAUAAAAUCAAUACAGUUUGCAAUUAAUUUUCAGCUGAAAGUAAGUACAAUUUGCAUUGAAAUCAUAAAGUGACACUUUUUGUGUAACAAUAAAAAAAUGUUAGAAUGACACUUAUUAUGAAACAGAUGGAAUAUCAUGUAUUAUUUCACGAACAAAACUUUGGUUCACCCUCUAUGGUGAACUCUCAAAUUCACCUCUAUUAUUAACACCAACCAAAGUGCCAUGUAGGAUUAGGAGAAAAAGAAUAUUAAAA